AGUGGAGAUGAUUCCAGUAGAAGAAGCUUUGACAACUGUGUUGGACGUAUCCAGGCGGUUGUCUCCGGUGACGGUGGCUGUUGAGGAUGCUCUCGGCAAGGUUUUGGCUGAGGACAUUCGAGCUCCCGAUCCUCUCCCUCCAUAUCCUGCUUCCAUCAAGGAUGGAUAUGCUGUAAUUGCUGCAGAUGGUCCUGGUGAGUAUCCUGUUAUUACUGAAUCAAGAGCAGGGAAUGAUGGUCUUGGUGUCACAGUGACUCCUGGAACUGUUGCAUACGUUACCACUGGAGGACCAAUACCUGAUGGUGCUGAUGCAGUUGUCCAAGUAGAGGAUACUGAACUAGUACAAACUGUUGCAUCUCAACCAAAACGAGUACGCGUUUUGGUAAAAACUAACACGGGAGUUGAUAUUCGUCCUGUGGGAUGUGACAUAAGCAAAGAUGAUCUAGUUCUGAAAGCCGAAGAACUACUUGGUGCUGCAGAAAUUGGGCUACUUGCCACAGUGGGUGUUUUAACAGUCAAGGUAUAUCCCACUCCAACUAUUGCUGUACUUUCCACCGGAGAUGAGUUGGUGGAGCCAACAUGCAAAUCUUUAAAUCGUGGCCAGAUCCGGGACUCGAACCGGGCAAUGAUUGUUGCUGCGGCAACACAGCACAAGUGUAAGAUUGUUGACCUUGGUAUUGCCCGUGAUGACGAGGAUGAAAUCAGUGCAGUUUUGGAUAAGGCAUUGGCAGCUGACAUUGAUAUUCUUCUAACUUCUGGAGGUGUUUCUAUGGGGGACCGUGAUUUUGUCAAGCCUUAUUUCCAAAAUAGAGGCAGAGUGUACUUUGACAAGGUUACCAUGAAGCCCGGAAAGCCUCUUACAUUUGCAGAAAUCGUAACUCAAUCAGGAGAGAAGGUGAAAAAGGUUCUUGCAUUUGGGUUACCUGGAAAUCCAGUCAGCUGUUUGGUCUGUUUCAACCUCUUUGUCGUUCCAUCCGUUCGUAAUCUUUCUGGAUGGAAAAACCCCCAUCUUCCAAGAGUACAUGCUUACAUUAAACAUUCCAUUAAGACAGAUCCGGCCCGAAAAGAGUUUCAUCGUGCCAUUAUCAAAUGGGAGAAUGAUGCUGGCUUGGGAUUUCCAGGAUUUGUGGCUGAGAGUACAGGUCAUCAAAUGAGUAGUCGGCUCCUAAGUAUGAAGUCUGCAAACGCACUGUUAGAAUUACCACAAUCGGGAAGAGAAAUACCUUAUGGGACUUCCGUAUCAGCAAUUUUAAUAUCUGAUAUUGUCGGGAUUGCACUGGGGAAUGAUUUAUUAUCAUCAAAACCAGAUAUUGCUACACAAAAUACAGUGCCCAUAAAGUUACCUGAUACGCCAUAUAAAGUUGCUGUCCUUACAGUUAGUGAUACCGUUGCAUCUGGGGCGGGACCUGAUCGAAGUGGUCCUAGAGCGGUUUCUGUUGUGAACUCGGCUUCUGAAAAAUUGGGAGGAGCGAUGGUAGCUGCAACGGCUGUGGUUUCUGAUGACAUACCGAAUAUCAAGGGGAUAUUAGAGAGAUGGAGUGAUGUUGAAAAAAUGGAUUUGAUUUUGACGCUCGGUGGUACUGGCUUCACACCUAGGGACGUUACACCUGAAGCAACAAAAGCUGUAAUAGAAAAGGAAACCCCUGGACUUGUACAUGUCAUGAUGCAAGAAAGCCUCAAGGUUACACAAUUUGCAAUGCUUUCGCGUGCGGCAGCGGGAAUACGUGGAUCAACACUAAUUAUCAAUAUGCCGGGGAAUCCAAAUGCAGUUGGAGAGUGUAUGGAGGCAUUGCUUCCGGUAUUAAAGCAUGCUCUGAAGCAAAUAAAGGGGGAUAAAAGAGAGAAACAUCCACGACAUGUUCCUCAUGCACAAGCAGAUCCAAAGGACGUAUGGGAACGUAGUUAUCAGGCUGCUCAUAACGAUGUUAAAGAACCACCUGCUUCGUUGCAUACAUGUGAUUGUAAGUAAGUGUUGUAUGCAACAUGAUUGAUGUCCACACUUCAAAAUAAAAUCUAAAUUUGCUACGGUUAUCAAACAAUUUGUUUGUUAAAAUGCAAAAUGGACACCAAGGUAUGCCGGAGUGAAAAAAAAAAAUUUACCAUUUUACUAGUAUUUGUGUUACAAAA